AUGGUUGAAGAUCCCAAAGAAUUAUGGGAUUGCCUUAAUGAAAGAUUUGGACACCACAAAAUGGUGCUCCUUCCUAAGGCAUUAUUUGACUGGACAAAUUUAUGGUUCCAGGAUUUCAAAUCUGUAAUUGAUUACAAUUCAACCAUACAUGAGAUAGUUUCUAUAUUGAGAUACUGUGAUCAUCCAGUCACCGAUGAACAAAUGAUUGAAAAAACACUCACUACGUUUCAUGCAAAACAAAAUAGUGAUCUUUUGUUGAAAAUUCAUAAUAUUAGACCAACUGGGUCUUUGGCCACUCAUCAUGAGGCAAAUGCAACAAGUUCUUAUCCACCCGAGGCAAAUGCUACACGAAGAGGUGGACGUGGAUAUUUCAACGGUCGUGGAAGAGGCCGUGGAAAUUAUCGCGGACGAGGCUGA